AUGGCAGGAUUGGAUUCAGACAAGUUGCGUGGCCAGGGAGAGACGAGCCCUAGUGUCCUUACCGACAAUAAUGGCGAAGCUCUCAUUCCCUCUGUCGUACCGCCCGAGACGCAAUUUCCGGACCACGGCAUCGACGGAGACCAGCAGUCACAUUCAGUAUACCAAACUCCCGCCACUGCCCCUCUCCAAAGCAGCGAGAAGGAAAGCUACUUUACUGAACAACCGCAGCAAAGCAAUGGCCUCGACCGUGACAUAGAAAGAGUGGACCACGCAGAUACUCCGACCCAGGGCUCCGGACCGACCAACACACAAUCAUUACCAGGCAACCGUCCUAGUCUAGAAAGAUCAUGGCAGACCGAGAGACCGAAGGCUAUGCCUCGCACGAUACAUCCGACUGGUCGUCGUCUUCGGAGGACGAUUCAGAAGGCAACCAACACACAGGCAACCAACACACAGGCAACCAACACACAGGCAACCAACACACAGGCAACCAACACACAGGCAACCAACACACAGGCAACCAACACACAGGCAAACAAAAAAUGCAGAGAGGACAGUCUUUUACUAGGCUCAACGUCGGCAAGGGAUAAGAACCAGGCGGAAGGUAAAGCCGCCUCGAAACGUGACGGUAGACUGAACAUCUCUGUCAGCGAGGCUGCUGGCAAUGGGUAUAUGGCGAAGACGUUUGCACAGACGGUCCAUAACCACCUUAAUAUCCCACAUAAACAUGCAUCGAGAGAUGAGCACGAUUCCGAUUCAGGCUCUGAAGGUCACCACAUCAAAGCCGACGACGAGUUUGAAGAGGAUUUUUCUGACGAUGCCGCUUCCAUUGCAUCCUCAUUCCACGAAACUAUUAAGAGGCCACGCUUGAAUAUCGUUAUCAUGGUCAUCGGUUCUCGCGGCGACAUCCAGCCGUUCCUCCAGAUUGCCCGCAUCCUCAAACGCUACGGGCAUCGAGUACGAGUUGCGACACACCCAGCUUUCAAGGAAUUCAUUGAGAAAGAUGUCGGGCUCGAGUUCUUCAGUAUCGGAGGCGACCCCUCUGAACUGAUGGCCUUCAUGGUGAAGAACCCCGGUCUUAUUCCCAGUCUCGAGACUGUCAGGCAAGGCGAGAUUGCUCGUCGCAGGAAAGGCAUGGCCGAGAUCUUCGAAGGGCUUUGGCGAGCCUGCGUCAAUGCCACAGAUGACGAGGGCGACAAGGCUAAUAUGAAGAUGAUGGGCACAAAAGCACCUUUCGUCGCCGAUGCUAUUAUCGCCAACCCACCCUCAUUCGCCCACGUUCAUAUCGCAGAGCGUCUGGGUCUAGGUGACCUCGUCAACCGGUUCCGUGUCAAAACUCUGGGUCUAGAACCUGUCAGCAGUUUGUGGGCACCUGGUGCACUUUACCGGAUGAAGGUUCCUUACACAUACCUCUGGAGUCCGGGACUCGUGCCCAAGCCAAAGGAUUGGGGUCCGGAGAUUGAUAUCGCUGGCUACGUCUUCCUCGACCUUGCAAGCGACUAUGAUCCACCCAAUGAUCUCACAGAUUUCUUGGACGCUGGGGACCCCCCAUCUACAUUGGAUUUGGGGGUCAGAGCUUUGGUGUCCAAGGGUUGGGGUGGUCUCGGUGGUGACAACACUCCGGACAAUAUCUUCAUGCUGGAGAACACGCCUCAUGAUUGGCUAUUCCCUCGUGUGAGAGCGGUUGUUCACCACGGUGGCGCUGGCACAGCGGCUGCUGGCCUGAAGGCUGGAAAGCCUACCAUGAUUGUGCCCUUCUUCGGAGAUCAACCGUUCUGGGGUGCCAUGGUAUCAAAAGCCAAGGCCGGUGCUCACGAAGCCAUUCCCUACAAGAAACUGGACGCGGACAAACUCGCCGAAGGCAUCAAGCAAUGUCUCACGGACGAAGCUCGACAGAACGCAGAGCAAAUUGCCGAAAGCAUCGCUGCCGAGGGCGAUGGUGCAGAAAACGCAGUCAAGAGCUUCCACCGCAGUUUACCCUUUGCAGGAAGGCGUAGCAUGAGAUGUUCUAUACUGGAAGAUAGAGUGGCUGUCUGGAAGAUGAAGUCAUCAAGUCUUAGGUUAAGUGCCUUGGCAGCAGACAUCCUGGUUGAACAGAAAAAGCUCUCCUGGAAAGAGCUUCGUCUACUACGGCAUUACGAGUGGAACGACUUUGACGGUCCUGGAGAGCCGAUAUCUGGAGCAGGCGGUGCAUUGAUAAAGACUGGUGCCGGAAUCGCAAGAGGAGUUGGUAUGGUGCCUACCAGUGUUGCCAAGAACCUCAAGAAGCGAGACGAACGUGAGAAAAAGAAGAAGGAAAGGGCAGAGAGAAAGGAGCAGAAAAGAUUACUCAAGGAAGCUGCCAAAGGCAAGAGCGGCCCCGAGGGUCAACAGGAUCCACAGAGACCUUCUGGUCCCAGGCACACCUCCACGAACAACACUCUCGGGUCUGUUAUGUCUGCGGAAGAAGAGCCGCUUGCCCAAGAGCUGGCAGAAGAAUUUGGUGACGCAUUCCUGGAAUCUGGAGGUGCGCUUGCAAGUAUGCCAUUGGACCUAGGUCUAGCUAUUGGCCAGGGAUUCCAUAAUGCACCGAGACUAUACGGAGAUGCCUCUGUACGCAAGCCUAUUCGCAUCACUGGAAUGCACUCUGGAUCAAAAGCAGCAGGACAAGAUGACACAACCGAUGCAUGGAUGGCAGACGGAAAGACCAAGCGAGCAAAGUUCGCUGGUCUUGGUGUCGGCUGUGCUCGAGGUAUCGGUGGAUUUGUGCUCAAGGAUCUCUCUGCCAUCAUUACUCCUCCCUUCUUCCUCGGACAAGGUGUACGAAAGGAAAUUACCAAACGCAUCGGUGGUCCUGGCACUACCUCUUUCAUCCGCAGAGCUCACAUCAUCCAAGGACAGAAGGACAUGCAGGCUCUUCGCGAAUUUGAUCAGAAGAACAAGAGUCACAACAUGUCUGAUACCGAGAAGAUGGUGAUCGAAGGAUGGAAAGUCAUGAAAGAAGCCUGGGAUGUCAAGAAGAAGCACGAGCGCCAAAACGGUGGUAAGCUUCGUGGCAGACUCAGCGUAUCCAGAGAAGAAAAGAAAUGGGAAGACAAUGGAGCACUCGAGAAUGUCAGCGCAACCAGACGAGCGCUCGAGGCCAAAAAAGAAGGAAAGGACAUCGAGAAGGUGUUCAGCCAGCGCAGGAAAGAGAUGCGCCUUGCCGAGCAACCACGAGCAAGCGCGAUGGAUCAACCUGACAACUACGAACACUCUGAUGCCAUCGCUCCAAACGGCCAGAACAUGGGCCGCAAGGAGAUGCAUCGCCAGUCCAUGCACGGCAACCGCCAGCAAAAUGGAGGCAAUGAGGCAGGACCCGCUGACACAGGAGCCAUUGAUGCUAGUGGAGAAUGCGAAGGCACAAGAGCUUCAGUGGAGAAACACAGUCUCGGUAGUGACACCGCAGUCGAGUCGCCGCAAGAGGACACGACCAACAACAAGAUCAAAGGCAAAGGCAUUGAUCGCAUGCAGAAGGCUACAGACGAGAUGGACGGUGGAUGGGGACCGAAUGCUGAUCGUCAGCACACACCCAAGCAGGCCAUGGCAGGAUAG